AGUACUAUCUCUUCAGGUAUGAGCUCCUAACACAAGACGAACAAUAUUUGCCAAUAUUGAAUUAAUGGACACAGAGACCUGGAGAAAUGGAAAGUACUUCGGCUCCGAGAGCGUUUCAGCACCACUUUCACUGGACAGCGCAACAGCUUUUCCCACUUGGCAUCGCGCUUUGGGAGAUUUGCGUGUGAUUUCCGUACGUGGGGAAUGGAGUUUGUCGUAUUGGGGGCCAUCGUACAUCAAGUGAUUAACGAGAUACCCAAAAAUCUGCAGUCGACUGUGUUUACGUGAUCAUACUGGAGGUGUUUGGCAACAGCGGCGGCAGAUAGAAGAAGGAAGGCUCACAGGUUGGUGAAGCUUUGUGUUCAUAGCACAAGACCCCCAACCCCCUCCACUAGGAGACAGGGCGAUUGGAAACCUAGAGGGAGCAAGGGACCAAAGACGUACGGUUAACAUUUAAUCUCAUCAAAGGACUCUAGAGGAAGUUCCUUGACAGGAGAUAAAGCGGAUUGAUGCAGAACUGCUGCCUAAAGAACCUGAUGAGCAUUCCAUUCAAUUACAAAUCUAUCGCUACGUGACAUAACUAUGAACUUUAAAAGAUUGUGCCCUGUCAAAGGGUGUCUCCAUUGACCUGUCAACUCAGUUGUGACACAUCUCAGAUCCAAAAAUAGACACACUUUGGUUGAAACCGGCUUGCUACAAUGUCUUCAGCCAUGGGCAAAAUAGUUGGAUGGACCAACCGUCGCUGUCAGGGCUCAGCAUUGGUUCUUCUCUACCUCUUCCUGACUGCUUUGGCUGCGAAGCCCAAAGGUCCAGGCCACACACAUCUAAACUCUAUCCGGAUUGAUGGGGAUAUUUCAUUGGGCGGCCUGUUUCCAGUUCACGCCCGGGGUCACGAGGGCAAACCCUGCGGUGAGCUAAAAAAGGAAAAAGGAAUCCAUCGUCUGGAAGCUAUGCUCUUUGCUCUGGACCGCAUCAACAAUGACCAUGAACUGCUCCCAAAUAUCACGCUGGGCGCCCGCAUUCUGGACACAUGCUCGCGGGACACACACGCUCUGGAGCAGUCUCUCACUUUUGUCCAGGCCCUCAUCGAAAAGGAUGGCACGGAUGUGAAGUGCCAAGGUGGAGGAUCACCCAUCAUUACCAAGCCAGAAAGGGUGGUGGGUGUCAUUGGAGCGUCGUCCAGUUCCGUGUCUAUAAUGGUGGCUAAUAUCCUCCGCCUGUUUAAGAUUCCCCAGGUGAGUUAUGCCUCCACGGCUCCUGAGCUGAGUGACAACACCCGCUAUGACUUCUUCUCCCGCGUGGUACCGCCGGACACCUAUCAGGCACAGGCUAUGGUAGAUAUUGUCAGGGCCAUGCGCUGGAAUUACGUCUCCACGGUGGCAUCGGAAGGGAAUUACGGAGAGAGUGGCGUGGACGCCUUCAUCCAGAAAUCUCGGGAAGAGGGAAGUGUGUGUAUCUCACAGUCUGUGAAAAUCCCCCGUGAGCCGAAACCAGGGGAGUUUGAUAAGAUAAUUCAGAGACUGGGAGAAAAUCCGAAUGCAAGGGUUGUUAUUAUAUUUGCAAACGAGGAUGAUAUAAGGCGGCUACUGCAGGCGGCAAAAAAAGCCAAUCAGACGGGUCACUUCCUGUGGGUGGGGUCAGAUAGCUGGGGCUCGAAGAUAUCGCCUGUGCUUCACCAGGAGGAAAUGGCUGAGGGAGCUGUCACCAUCCUACCCAAACGACAGAACAUUAGAGGCUUUGAUCGCUACUUCACCAGCCGCACACUCGAGAACAACCGGAGGAAUAUCUGGUUUGCGGAAUACUGGGAGAACAAUUUCAACUGCAAGCUCAGCCGCCAUGCCUUGAAGAAGGGAUCCGGCAUUAAGAAAUGCACAAAUCAAGAGAGGAUUGGAAAAGACUCAUCCUACGAGCAAGAAGGAAAGGUGAUGUUCGUGAUUGAUGCAGUGUACGCAAUGGCGCACGCCCUCCACAACAUGCACAAAGACCUGUGCCUUGGCAAGGUGGGACUCUGUUCCAAAAUGGACCCAGUUGAUGGAACCCUCCUGCUAAAGUACAUCCGCAAUAUCAAGAUAGCAG